AUGUCGCCUACUUACAACCAUUCCGCCGAAACCGACCCCUCCCGCCCUAGUCUGGAAGACGCUAUCAUCAAUCCAGGAGCUGUGAAAAUCAACGUUCAAGGCGCUUAUAUUGUGGACGAUCAACCUCCGACCCCAGAAAGUCCAGCAGAAGAAGACGGAAUAGUAUAUGAACGCAAAGAUAUUCGACUACCUCACCAUACAAGUGUUAUUGGAGGCUCAUUGGCAAAAUUAGUUUACUUCACCAGAGAAAUCUCAUCACAAUCAGAGGGCGGUCGGUUAAAUUUCAUCAAAUUCGAGACAGAACGGAUAGACCGAUGCAUCGAAUUCAUAAAACAGCUAAAGGAGGACCAUGAAAGACUCAAUGGCUCUGCGCCGGGCGAGUUGUCUGUUGUUGCAACUGGAGGAGGCGCUUACAAGUACUAUGACAAACUGAAGGAGACGUUGAAGGUGGACAUUCUACGAGAGGAUGAGAUGGACUGCUUAAUAACAGGCCUCAAUUUUUUCAUUACCGAGAUACCCAACGAAGUUUUUAGCUACAGUGAAACCGAGCCCAUGAAAUUCGCCGAACCCAACGGGAGCGUUUAUCCAUAUCUCCUUGUCAAUAUUGGAUCAGGAGUUUCGAUGAUCAAAGUGUCUGGUCCCAAAGAAUUCCAACGUGUAGGAGGUACGCACCUUGGCGGUGGAACUUUCUGGGGCUUAAUGGCACUUUUAACUGGUGCUACUACCUUCGACGAUAUGCUGGCAAUGGCCGACCGGGGUGACAACAGUGGUGUCGAUAUGUUGGUAGGCGAUAUCUAUGGAAUGGAUUAUAACAAGAUUGGGCUGAAAAGUACGGCAAUCGCCAGCACGUUUGGCAAAGUGUUGAAGUUGAAACGAAGUGCUGAGCAGCGAGCUGAGGACGGCUCCGAUCUUGGCGAAGACCCAGAGGAUACGCCGCCGGUACAGUUUAGCCAUGCCGAUAUGAGUCGAAGUCUCUUAUUUGCAAUCAGUAACAAUAUUGGUCAAAUUGCGUAUUUGCAAUCUGAAAAGCACCAGCUGAAACACAUCUACUUUGGCGGUUCCUUUAUUCGCGGUCACCUUCAAACUAUGAACACACUAUCUUAUGCUAUCAAGUUUUGGUCUAAAGGCGAGAAGCAGGCUUACUUUUUACGACACGAGGGGUAUCUCGGCGCAGUCGGCGCGUUCUUGAAACUGCAGCCCCAGAAUUGGGGGCGUCGAAACAGCAUCGACGAGGCAUCAGCGACUAAGCAAUUCCGUGAAAAUCUCGUGCAGGAGAUCAAUCAUUCUCAAUCGGCCGAACAGGAAGAACAACAAUGA